AUUUCUCAUAUCCUUUCAUAGGCUGCACUUUUAGAGCGUUUAGUUUGAUCAGUCUGUCACGCCUCUCGCUAUUCUGUUGUUAGAGAAGUUAUGUCAGGCCUCAAGCCAACUUAUUUGCCUUAUUUGGUGUAACGCUCACAUCUUUUCGAACUCCUUGUCAAUAUCUGUCGAUUUUUCUCCCUCAGUAAUCAGUUUGCGUGUGCCGAGGCUCAAUCAUGGAAGAUGUGUUGUUAGAAUGUCAAGUCUGCUUCGAGCGGUAUGACGCAGACAGUCGCCGCCCGAAAAUUAUACCAUGUGGCCACACGUUUUGCUUAUCAUGCCUCUGUGCCAGCGACAACAAGUGUCCAAAUUGUCGCAUUGCAUUCCGAGGAUCACCAAUGAACUUGCCAGAUAACUUUAUUCUACUCUCAGCAACGGACAAUGCUCCUCCUCCAAAGAAAAAGGCGUUUUGGUGUUUGGAUUGCAAGAAAGGUGCCGAUGCAGAGUGUGAGGACAGUCAUACCAUUUGCAGCAUGAAGAAAAUAAUCAGUGAACAAAUUGGUGAUUUGUGUGAAGAAGUUCAGGGUCAGCUUGAAAAAGAAGAGACUAUUCUAAACCAACUUGUUGUCAAGCUUGCCCCAAUCAAACCUGUGAUGAAAAAUCUGAGCUCCACCACUGAUCGGGAAGUAACAGCUCACAGCUUCGCCAAGGAUGAAAUUGUGAAAAUUAUUCAGAGCAUUCCAGAAAUUGAGAACUCCCCAAAAGAUGAUUCUCUUGAGUCGAUGAAAUCAUUCUUAUCAAGUUCAAAGCUUCGCUUACCAACUCUUGAAAAGAAGGGAUCUCUUCUUGACCUAUUAGCAGAUUGUGAAGUAAUUGUCAAGCCAUCAAGUUCUGCUGAUUCUUGGUCAAUUAAGCUAAACAUGUCAUCUGAGGACCUGUCAGAUGAACACAAGGCUCUGUAUUAUACUCUUUUCAAAAUCAUUGGACGCCAAGACUUUGAUUUGCCAGAGACUGUUGGUGUCCCAAGUGCUGCUGGUGGUGAUGUUGCAGCAUCAGUCCCUACUAGCAUUUCCCCUUCCCCAAAUGGCACUUGUCUGGUUCAGGUGUGUCAAAAGUCCCGUAUGUUAGGACAAAUUGCAAUUAGUGUACUCGAAUCAAUUCCAUCGCAGAAGAAGGACCUCUUAAUCAAAGGCCUCAAUGGUGUCAAGCUCUAUCCAAAAGUUGUUGGAGCUCUGACUGGUAGUUUAAGAACUGAUAUUUUCUUUCAGAGCAACAAUGUGAAACUUGCCAAGGGAUCUGUUGGUAUAGCAAGAUCCCCACUGCAACCACUAUCCAUUUAUGUGAAGAAACCUACUAACACUGUCCCUAAAACAGGCAUGUUUGUGUGGGGUAAAGUUGUUGAAAAUUUGGAAUUGUUGGAAUCCAUUUUGAAUAACUGGGCCACUGAAAAAGAGAUUGUUGUUCUCAGCUGUCCUCGAUGGGCAUGAUUACAACAUUGCUCUGCUUUUUCUUUCUGGUAUCAACUAUUGAUCAGAAUUAAUUAUUUUAUAGGUCCUUAAAAGUAUCAAUUUUAUCUUAAGUGUUACAUUAUUCCUUUUUGUACUGUCAAUCGUAAUCAUUGUUGCUUUGCAAGUCUAUGUGAUACCCUUUCUUGAAGUUGCUAAGUUUGUACAUUUGCAUAUGUUACGAAGGUUAUCAAUUUCAUUUCUCUCUUUCUUUUUAUUACAGAGUAGAACCAGUUGU